GAAGCGCUCGCCGCCCCUCUGACACCCACCGAGCCUCUUCCCACCAUGAGCGUCUUGCAUGCGCAACGGGAAGCGGGAGGCUGUUUCACUUUCACUUCAAACGGAUGUGUAAUCGCUCCGACCUUUCACUCCCCGCUUCCAAAGGGAUAAGGAGUAAUAAUCCCCUCCCUCCUACUUUUUGGCGUCUCCUUUCUUGGCAAAGCUGUUUUGGUUCUGAGGCCCUUCCAGGAAUGAGGAGUAAUUGGGUGGAUCUUGCACAUCUUUUUCCUGAUCUGUCUUUCAGAGGGAUCCCUGAGGAUAAACGUCGUCAGAAUUCUUCACUAGCAUGUGGUGGAUUUGGUCUUCUCCCCUUAUUCUUGCCUCCCAUGAUGGAGCCUAUGAAAGUGGACAAAAUGGAGUCACCGUUCACUGAGUCAUCUCCUUCUAUUGGUGACACGGAAAGAAUUGCCGUAUUCCUGACUCAGGGUCCUGUGUCCUUUGGAGAGGUGGCCAUCCAUUUCAACAAUGAAGAAUGGUUGCUGCUUGAUCUCAGCCAGAAAGACCUGUAUCAAGAAGUCAUGUUGGAAACAUCUAGGAUGGUGGCUUCUUUAGCAUUUGAUGUGCAGAAGGGAAAUGACCGAGAGAGGAAUUUAGUGCCAUUGCAAAUAAUCAAAACUGAAAUUCCUGAGGAGACCUCUUCAAAUAAGCGGGGAAGGAAGAAACAUGAAAAAAAGUACAAUUCGAAAGAAAAAUCUCUUGAAUGUGUGGGAAUGGAUCGCUUCCUGACCCAACGUGAUUCCAAAGAAAAUACGGGGAAAUGUCACAGUAGAAAAAGAUUCAGAUCAAAUCCCAAUGUUAGUAACUGCAAAACUGAAGAAGGCUCUAACAGAAAUAAUCUUACUUCACAUAAAGUGAUCCAGGCAAGAGAGAAGCCCUGCAACAGUGUGGAUUGUGAAAAAAGUGUUGGGUGGAGAGGUAAUUUAACUUCUCAUAAAAAGAUCCACAUCAGAGAAAAACUCUAUAAGUGUCUAGAGAGUGGAAAGAGCUUCAAGUACAGAGAGCGUCUGAAAUCCCACAAAAGGAUCCAUUCUGGGGCAAAACCUUAUAAAUGUUUGGAUUGUGGAAAAAGGUUCAAUGUAAAGAGUUCUCUUACUUCUCAUAACCAGAUCCACACAGGGGAAAGACCCUUUAAAUGCAUACAGUGUGGAAAGAGCUUCAGAACUAGUAGUUAUUUGAUGUGCCACAAAAGGAUCCAUACAGGGAGAAAACCUUUCAAAUGUGUGGAUUGUGGGAAAAGGUUCCGUGUGAAGAGUUCCCUUACAUCUCACCAAAGGAUACAUACUGGAGAAAAACCCUUUAAAUGUAUGGAAUGUGGGAAAAACUUCAGAUGUAGUAGUUACCUGAUGUGCCAUAAAAGGAUCCAUUCAGGGGAAAAACCUUAUAAAUGUGUGGAUUGUGGGAAAAGGUUCAGUAUGAAGAAUUCUCUUACGUCCCAUAAAAGGAUACACACCGGAGAAAAACCCUUUAAAUGCAUACAGUGUGAGAAGAGCUUCAGCACUAGUAGUUACCUGAUAUGCCAUAAAAGGAUCCAUUCAGGGGAAAAACCCUAUAAAUGUUUAGACUGUGGAAAGACCUUCAGAAUGAAAGUUCAUUUUACUAGGCAUACAUUGAUCCAUGUGGGAGAGAAACCCUUUAAAUGCAUAGAAUGUGGGAAGAGCUUUAGGCAGAGUGGUGGUCUUGCCUCUCAUAAAUUGAUCCAUGCGGGAGAGAAACCUUUUAAAUGCAUAGAGUGUGGGAAGAGCUUUAGGCAGAGUGGUGGACUUGCCUCCCAUAAAUUGAUCCAUGCGGGAGAGAAACCCUUUAAAUGCAUAGAGUGUGGAAAGAGCUUUAGGCAAAGAGAUGGCCUUGCUUCUCAUCAAAGGAUUCAUACAGGAGAGAAACCCUAUAGGUGUAUAGAGUGUGGAAAGACCUACAGAAAUACAAAUCAACUGACAUCUCACAAAAGGAUGCAUUCAAGUGAAAAUUCUUAUAAAGGCACAGAGUGUGGAAAACAUUUCAGGACAAGCAAUUUCCUUGCUGCUCAUAAACAAGUCCAUACAGAAGAGAAACCCUAUAAAUGUCUAGACUGUGGGAAGGGCUUCUGCGAAAGCAGUGGGCUUGCUUCCCAUAAACGUGUCCACACAGGAGAAAAACCCUAUAAAUGCAUGGAGUGUGGAAAGAGCUUCAGUGUAAAGUGUACUCUGACUUCUCAUAAACGGAUCCACACAGGAGAAAAACCCUAUAAAUGCCUAGACUGUGGAAAGGGCUUCAGUGAAAGCAGUGGCCUUGCUUCCCAUAAACGUGUCCACACAGGAGAAAAACCCUAUAAAUGCAUGGAGUGUGGAAAGUGCUUCAGUGCAAGGAGUGCUCUUAUUUCUCAUAAACGGAUCCACACAGGAGAAAAACCCUAUAAAUGUCUAGACUGUGGAAAGGGCUUCAGCCAAAGCAGUACCCUUGCUUCCCAUAAACUGGUCCACACAGCAGAAAAACCCUAUAAAUGCAUGGAAUGUGGAAACAGCUAUAAAAGCAGUACUUAUCUGAACCUCCAUAAACGGCUCCACACAGGAGAGAAACCCUAUACAUGCCUAGAGUGUGGAAAGACCUUCAGUGUAAAAAGUGCUCUUACUUCACAUGAAAGGAUCCACACAGGAGAGAAACCCUAUAAAUGUUUAGAAUGUGGGAAGAGCUUCAGCCAAAGCAAUCAACUUAUUUUACAUAACAGGAUCCAUACAGGGGAAAAACCUUAUAAGUGCACAGACUGUGGAAAGACCUUUGCUACCAGUGGCAAUCUGACUUACCAUAAAAGGUCCCACACAGGAGAGAAACCCUAUAAAUGCCUAGAAUGUGGAAAGAGCUUCAGUGAUAAACGCUACCUUACUUCCCAUAACAGUAUCCACACAGAACAGAAAUCAUAUGCAUGCAAUGAAUGUGGGAAGUGUUUGAGUACAAGCAGGUCCCUUACUUACCACAUUCGUAGCCACUCGCCGAAAAAAUUGCACCCAUGCACAGAAUGUGGGAAAAGCUUCAGAUUAAAAAGUCACCUUACUUCUCAUAAGAGGAUCCACACAGGGGGGAAGUAGAAAUGAAUGGAAUGCAGAAGGAGUUUUUAUGAAAACAGGAUGCUUUUCAAGAAAGAAUCCACAGAGGGCAGCAAAAUAUCUUAUGGGAAGCAAUCAACUUAUUUCCCUUAUAAUAUGACCCAUAACGGGAUGGGAGGGAAAUCCCUUUAGGGACUGAAGUGUCCUUAAUUUGUGUAAACUUGUUCAUUGUGGUGUGAAACCAUCUAAAGAUAAUGUAAAAAGAAUAUCUUUGGAAAAAUGUUGUGGGGAACAAUGUGCACAUGCGCAGAACAUUAUAAAAUGACUAAAAAACCUGCUGGCAACAGCAUGUGUGACUGGGGAACCAGUUCAGGGGCGUGGCCAGCCUGCCAUCCCUACCGGUUUGGUGACCCAGUCCCAAUUUCCACUACCAGUUCGCCCGGACCAAUGUGAACCUGUAGCAACCCACCUCUGAAUAUCAUCAUGUGUGCAACUGAUUAAAUGUAUGGAUUUUGGGAAGCUCCCAGAAUAGAUUUUUUUAAUUCCAGAGGUAUUAUCUAUUCAGUUAAGGUCUCGCUGAAAGAAAUCUGUUAAACAAUUGCCCCUCUUAUUACUCUCAGACCUCACAAUCUCGGCUGGGUCACAAACUGAUUUAUUUAGGCAUAAUCAACAUCUGGACUGAUUUGGGGAUCAACCUCCAGGCUUUGUAUAGAGCUGGUAUAUGCAGGCAAACCAAGGGAAAAUGUAUGUGUGUAUAUUCAUUUUAGCUCUAGUUGUAUUGAAAAUACUGACUGCCUUAAAACAUAUAACAAGGUAUUUCAGCUAUUAUUUUUUCAUAUAUUUCAUAUGUGCAUCAGUUUAGUUGCAAGUGGAAAUCUCUCCCAAAUAUUUAUAUACACAGUCCAGUCUGGUGCCAAACUGCAUUAACCCAGCUAAAAGGGACUUUAUAAAUAGUUUUAUUGGUCCAACAAUGUACCGUAUGAGCAAUAUUUUUAAAAAAGGAAGUAUUGCUUGAUUUAAAUUAUUCAUUGUUCAGUUUCACAGAGUAAUCAGUACCAUAUUUUCUAUUUUCCAAGAUUUUCAAAAGUCAGUUUAGUGCCUAUUUCAUUUGGUGCUAUCAAGUUGAUCAGAAAAAUCAAUCAUACUUGACAUGUUAGGGGACCAUAGCAUUGCUAUGGUUUUGGAGAAAACUGUUAAUAGCAUGAUUGUGACACUGUGCUUUUUAACUUAAUAUAGCUUUUUUAAAAGCAUAUUUCCUGAUUGUUAACAACCUUUCUCAUUUUGAAAUGUUAAUAAAUUAUUGGAAACAGUU